CGCUCGCAGGGUGACCUCGACGCCGGGCGGGGUCGAAGGACGCUCUCAGCUCCGCACCCACCUCGCGGCCCCAAGCCCGCUCCGAGCCGGAGGCCUGCGGGGAGGCGGCGACCCGCUGUUCCGAGAAGAACGCCCCGAGGGCCAGGCCAGGGGUCAGCGCGCCCUGGCAUCCGGCCGCCGCGGAACAAUGGCCGGAGGGGCUGCGGCGGGCACGACGGACGCGGUGGAGCAGGGGCGCCCGGGCGCUGGAAGCUCCGCCCCUCGGCCGGCUCCCUGACAACGCGGGCCGGGCCGCGCCGCCUGCUCCCCGCCCCUCGGCGCUCAACACCAGGCGGAGCCCCGGCCGGAGCGCUGCAGCAGCAGCCGCUGCUCUGCAGAGCCGGGCCCGGGGUCGGGGCCGGGGCGUCCUCGUUCCCACCUUCUCCCGUCGCUAUGAGCCAGGGAAGUCCGGGGGACUGGGCCCCCCUCGACCCUACCCCCGGAUCCCCAGCGCCCCCCAACCCCUUCGUGCAUGAGUUACACCUCUCCCGCCUCCAGAGGGUUAAGUUCUGCCUCCUGGGGGCACUGUUGGCCCCCAUCCGAGUGCUUCUGGCCUUUAUUGUCCUCUUUCUCCUCUGGCCCUUUGCCUGGCUGCAAGUAGCUGGUCUUACGGAGGAGCAGCUUCAGGAGCCAAUUACAGGAUGGAGGAAGACUGUGUGCCACAACGGGGUGCUGGGCCUCAGCCGCCUGCUCUUUUUCCUGCUGGGCUUCCUUCGAAUUCGCGUUCGGGGCCAGCGGGCCUCUCGCCUUCAAGCCCCUGUUCUUGUUGCCGCUCCCCACUCUACUUUCUUUGACCCCAUUGUUCUGCUGCCCUGUGACCUGCCCAAGGUUGUGUCCCGAGCUGAGAACCUUUCCGUGCCUGUCAUUGGAGCCCUUCUCCGCUUCAACCAAGCCAUUUUAGUAUCCCGGCAUGACCCGGCUUCUCGGCGCAGAGUGGUGGAGGAGGUCCGAAGGCGGGCUACCUCAGGAGGCAAGUGGCCCCAGGUACUAUUCUUUCCUGAGGGCACCUGUUCCAACAAGAAGGCUUUGCUUAAAUUCAAACCAGGAGCCUUCAUCGCCGGGGUGCCUGUGCAGCCUGUCCUCAUCCAAUACCCCAACAGUCUGGACACCACCAGCUGGGCAUGGAGGGGCCCUGGAGUACUGAAAGUCCUCUGGCUCACAGCCUCUCAGCCCUGCAGCAUCGUGGAUGUGGAGUUCCUCCCUGUGUACCACCCCAGCCUGGAGGAGAGCAGGAACCCCACCCUCUAUGCCAACAAUGUCCAGAGGGUAAUGGCACAGGCCCUGGGCAUUCCAGCCACUGAGUGUGAGUUUGUAGGGAGCUUGCCUGUGAUCGUGGUGGGCCGGCUGAAGGUCGCCCUGGAGCCGAGGCUCUGGGAACUGGGAAAGGUGCUUCGGAAGGCUGGGUUGUCUCCUGGCUGUGUGGACACCGGGGCAGAGCCGGGCCGGAGUCGAAUGAUCAGCCAGGAAGAGUUUGCCAGGCAGCUCCAGCUCUCUGACCCCCAGACGGUGGCUGGAGCCUUUAGCUACUUCCAGCAGGAUGCCCAAGGUUUGGUGGACUUUCGAGAUGUGGCCUUGGCACUGGCAGCUCUGGAUGGAGGCAGGAGCCUGGAGGAGUUGACUCGCCUGGCCUUUGAGCUCUUUGCCGAGGAGCAAGUAGAGGGGCCCGGCCGCCUGCUGUACAGAGACGGCUUCAGCACCAUCCUGCACCUGCUGCUGGGGUCCCCCCGCCCUGCUGCUGCAACUUUGCAUGCUGAGCUAUGCCAGGCGGGACCCCACCAAGGCCUCUCCCUCUGUCAGUUCCAAGACUUCUCCCUCCACGACCCGCUCCACGGGAAGCUCUUCAGCACCUACCUGCGCCCCUCCCCAAAACCACAGGCCUCAACCCCAGGCGGCCGCAUGGCUCUGGCCAACGGGACUGUGCCAGCGCCCAAGCAGAAGGGCGACUGAGAGCCUUGACCUCCCCAGCUCGCCUCCGGCCUACCCUGUGCCUCAAGCCCAUUUCUGCUCCUGCUUGAGUUUUUUUGUUACUGUUGUUGGUUGUGUUUUUUUUUUUUUUAAGUUGAUUUUCAUUUUUUGU